CAUAAUCAACCUGUCAAAGGUGUCAGAUACCUUUUUCCUAAAAGUACUUCCUGCAUGUGUUUACUUGAAUCUCUUACAAAAUAGAUACCACAGACUCAAGGACAAUCUGUGGAGCAAGAGUUAUUGCUUCUGAGAGAAGAGCUGAGCCAGGCACAACAGAAAUUGCAUGAAAUGGAGGAAGCAAAGGCCAGUGAAUAUCAAGGGGAAUCGGAAAAAAUGGAGAGAACAGAUGUUAUUCCAAAACCACAUGACUCCCAGGAAGUCAGCAUCCAGACUGAAAGAGAUGAUGAUGAAUUCAAAAUGCAACUGGAAAAUCUCCAGAAUGAGAGAGACCAGCUGAGAGAAAUGCUACAGGAGACAAUUAGCAAGAACUCAGAGAUACAGGAGGAGUUGAGAUGUACUCGUGAAUGUCUUGCACAGCAUCAGGAGAAGAUUGUGGAGCUGAAAGGAAGUAUUUCAGAGAAAGAAAACCAGCUCUCAAAGGUGCAAGGGGCAUUGGAGGAGAAAACUGAUGAGCUGCAGCAGAAGGUCAGAAGCAGUUUUGUCAAAAAAAUUACAAGUUCUGCUGAAUUUGGUUCCCAAUGUCUACUGCACACUUCA